CAACCUGUGUAUAUGCCCUGACUGGGAAUUGAACUGUGGCCUCCUGGUUCAUAGGUUGACACUCUGCCACUGAGCCACUCUGGCCAAGCGUGAUAUCCAUCUUUAUUUCCCUCUAACAUUGGAGCCCCUGUUUCUCUGACCUUCUGACUUUAGGACUUAAAUAGUGACCCCUGGUUCUCAGACCUUUAACCUUGGACUGAAUUAUGCCACCUGUUUUCUUGGUUUGGCAGAUAAUGGGGCGUCUUGGCCUCCAGAACCUCAUGAGCCAAUCCCUAUAAUAAAUCUCCUCAUGACACAUAUGUAUAUCCUAUUGGCUGGGUUUUUCUAGAGAACCCUUACUAACACAAUAGAUGAAUCUUCAAAACAGGUGAAUGUUAAAGAAGCUAGAUACAAAAGGCCACAAAUUGUGUGAUUCAAUUUACAUGAAAUGUCCAAAAUAGGCAAAUCCAUAAAGACAGAAAAUAAAGUAGUGAUUGCCAGGGAUUGGGCAUUGGGGAGUGAUUGCUAUUGGUACUAGUUUCUUUUUGGGGCUGAUGAAAAUAUUCUAAAAUUAGAUAGGAGUGAUGGUUACAAAACUUUGUGAAUACACUACAAAUCACCAAAUUGUACAUUUUAAAAGGGUAAAUUUCAUGGUACGUGAAUUAUAUCUCAAUAAACAAAAACCUAAAGCAAUGUUAAAGAUAAUUCUAAUUUGAAAAAAAAAAAGUUUAUGAGAAUCUACCUGGGAAGCAGAUUUUAAAGCCACAGGACCUGCCUGAAGAUCCAAAUCCCUGUUUACUAGCUCUGGGAUCUGGAGCAAGUUACUUCUCUGUGACCCAUUUUCUUAGAUGUGAAAUACUUAGAACAGUGCCUAACACAUGGUGAGUGUUAUAUAAAUGUUUGUCACUUUAACUAUAUGCCAUAAAAUGUACUAAGCCAUAGUGGAAAGCAAAAUCCAGUAUCAAGGAAGCAGGGCUGGGCAUAAAUGUCAGUUAAGGAGGAGCAGAGCAAGGGUGGAGUUUAACACUCCAUUUGAUUUAUUGCCUGAACUCUGCCCCAUCUGACACAUGGAAAGAGACGAGGUUAGUGGAAAAGAAGGGAGAAAUAAUGCGGAUUGAGGACACAAUACCUUCUUACCAGGACACUGGAGAAAAGGUCCAAGAAUAUGUUAGGGGAGACAUACAGAAGAGGAAACCAGAGCAAGAGGUGGUGACCAGCAUUUAAUAUGUUUUUGUUCAGUUUAAAUAAAUAUUAAGCAAUGACUUUUGAGGGUUUUCUUCUGGAAUUUAGACACUAAACUCAUUAUCUUUGUUCUGUCCUGUCUUUAUUGGGAUCCUUGUUGCCUCUUCAUUUCAAAAGAUAAGAUCAAACAAACCUUUAAAGUUCACGUUACUGUCACAGUUUUGUUUCCCAGGACAAAUCAAGAACCCAGAAGAACCCAGGGAGGUGGCAGGUUUUUUGUUUUGUUUUGCGAUGCUCAUAUCCCUUUGCUUUGAGCUGCUUUCUGCGUCUUUGUAGGGAUACAUCUACAAUUCUUGAUCUCUUUUUGUAGCUCUUGCUCUUCCUGUUAACAGCAAAUACAGAUUCUAUUAGAAGGACUGGGUUACAUACCCACGUUGAGGGAUGGAUAUAAGGUACUAAAUUCCUCACUUAAAAUGAUAGAGAAAAACUGUUGUCCACCCUUCCUCUUGUUUUACACUUCUGAAUCCUCUUGUAUGUAAAUAUGUUUUUUAUGUUUUUGGUUUCAUCAUAGUUGUGCUUUCUGAGAUAUUCUGCACUGGAUAGCGAUAGAUGCCUUGUCUUUUUACUCUUUAUAUGUUUCAUAAUCCUUUACAUACAACCCUCUGACAGAGAUGUUAAUUAGCUCACGGUCACACACAGGAAGUUGUUGACCCAGGGCCAUAACAGACCUCAUGAUUCCUUUGCAUGUAUUGGGACAGAAUUACUCCCUUUCACUGUACAUUUCUUCUAGAACCUUCUUUUUUCUUUUUAAAAAAAUUUUAUAAGAGUUUAUUUGAACCAAACUGAUGAUAUAUGCCAGGAAGCAAGAUCUCAAAUGCCCCUGAGAAUAACAGUUGCAGUUUCCUUUAUGUGUCUGAAAUUACGUGGAGGUGGAGGAAAACAAAUCAGGGAUUAGUUUAUAGGAUAGUUAACAAGACUAUGUUCUCUCUUGAGUGUAGUUAUUUCAAUAGUGUAUUAACUCAGAUGCAUAGAAACAAUGGACAAGGCUUGCUUAAGGCAAUGAUAAACUUUUUUACUAAAGAAGUUAUGUGCCUGGGACAUGCAUGACUACCUACCAUUACCUGCCUAGUUAGGGAUUUAUGAUCAGAUUACCCUGCGAGGUUGCUUUCCAUAGAACCCCUCCCCCACCCCCAACCAUCACUUUAUUUCAUUCAGUUCCAUUUUUUUUUGGUCAUAAAUCAACCUAAAGAAUGAAUUUAAAUUCAAAAACUCUGAAGUAAUUUAUAUAAAAAAAGAACAGGGUAGUUGAAAAUUUAAGAUUUGAAAGAAGCAGAUACUUUACAGAGGAAGAUGAGAAAAUUAUAGUAGAAGCCCAGGUAAGAUUUACUGUAAGGAUGCAUUAAUCUUAGAUCUCAGGAAAUAAUUAUCUUAUUCCUAUGUGAUAUGUAGACAUAUGAGUAUCUUAAUUAUGGUGUUAUGUCAUCAUAGUUAUGCUGCAUAGUAUGAAGUUCUUAUCCAAAAAAAGGAGAGGUCAUUUGAAGAUGUCAUAAUUAGAAAAGUGAUAAUAAUAAUUAUUACAGGAAUAUUUUUAUUCCUAUACUUAUACUACUAUGCACUAGCUAUUGUUCUAAGUAUCAUUUACUUUUUACACUGGCUCUUCAUGAGAUAAUAUUGUAAACCCAGUUUAACGGAUGAGAAAACUGAGGCUUAGGAGAGCUGAAUUUGCUCAAGAGUACACAGCUAAUUAGUAGUAGAGAUGGGUUUACUGGAUUUCAGAAAUGGACUGGGCUAUGCUUCUGAAACUGGUAACAAAAAUGAAAGUGAACUGGAUCCUAGAAAUAUGCCCUUUGGCCUUUAUUGUGGAAGAUGUACUAGUAAAAAGACCUUAAGGAAAGAAGUGCCUGAAAACAGCAUCUUAUGCAUACACUAGUAAAUUCAGGAGCACUAAGUAAGGGAUUAAGGCAGAUGGCUGAGGGUGGCAGCUGUUGGGCUGCAGUGUGGUUAAUGAAAGUGUAAUAUGCAAAUUGACCAAAUGGCCAGACAGCAGAAUGACCUUCCAGAUGACCUGACGGACGAAGCUGAGGCUGCGAGGGCCUACCCUUACACGAAUUUUGUGCAUUGGCCUCUUGUAUGAAGAUAAGAAGUCAGUUAUAGUAGAAUUGCAAUUUUCUACUUAAGAAAAUACAUGCUUACACACCUCACACACCCACAUCCACAUCCAUGCACAUCCACACUGGUUCUGCACUUUUAGCUCAUUGAAUUUGUUUUCCAACUAUUCUCUCAAUAUUUAGUUAGUCUUUUGACACUUUCAUUGCAUUACACCAAUAUUAAGAGGAAAGGGAUUUUACCCACAUUUAUGCCAAUGCUUUGCAAGAAAGCCACAUCCCCUGGAGACCAUUGUGGUGGGGUAGUCAUAGUUAAAGUUAGAGAACCUCCAGUACAACAUAAUAUUCAGAAACACUGAGCUGGAACCCUUGGUCUGAAAAGUAAUUAUGGUACACUAAAGAAUUCUUGCUAGAACAGGAAUAUGUAACUGUUACCACUGAAGAACAUGUUUAUGUUCUCAUUAAUUCUCAAUAGAAUCCUUUCAGGCAAGUGAGCAUAAUUAUCUUAGUUGUAAAAAUUAGGAAACUAAGGCUUUACAAGGUUAAGAUACAUCCAUUCAUCUCUGACACUGGCCCCUGUGUUUUCUCUACCACAGUUUCCUGGAGGUGAUACAUUAACUUUGUUCCUGGAAGUUCCAACUUGGCUCUCUCCCAGAACGACUCAAUCCUUGUGAAUUAUUCUCAGCCAUGUUCUGUGCAUUCUCUGUGGAUCAAGCGUAGGAGUGGACAGCUGUGUGGCAAUGGGAGAGGAGAAGGCCAUGACACAAAUGCUAAAGGAAUGCAGUCUCAGUGACAAAUUGUGUAUUGUCUGGCACCAGCAGUAUGAAAUCAUCAUCAUCCCAGCCUUUCUGGUUGGUGCCACCCUCAUCAUUCUUGGGGUCAUCCUGUGGCUUUUUAUCAGAGAAAAAAGAGCUCAACAACAGUCUCCUGGACUCCAAGGCAUUGCUCCUGUGCCUCCAUUUAGGGGCCAAAACGGGGAAGCAGGAGGACAUGAAGGAAGUGUAUUUGUUCCACUUAAGGAGACAUCAGUGGAAAGCCUUCUACAAACAUCCACACAUGCCCUGGCUAAGCUGCAGAUACCCCGGGAGCAACUCUCUGAAGUUCUGGAGUGGAUCUACAAUGGUAGUUGUGGGGCCAUCUAUCGAACCAAGUUGUACCCUGGGGACCCAGCUAAGUCCAAGGACAUUGUCCUCAAGGUUUUAAAAGAACCAGCCAGGCUCCAUGAGAUACAGGAUUUCUUAGGGCGAAUCGAAUUCUAUCAGUACCUGGGGAAGCACCAAAAUCUGGUACAGCUGGAAGGCUGCUGCACAGAAAGAGAGCCGCUCUAUAUGGUGUUGGAGGAUGUCGCCCAGGGGGACCUGCUCAGCUUUCUCUGGACCUGUCGCCGGGAUGUGAUGACCAUGGAUGGCCUUCUCUAUGAUCUCACUGAAAAACAAGUAUAUCACAUUGGGAAGCAGGUUCUCUUGGCUUUGGAAUUUCUUCAGGAUAAACAUCUGUUCCAUGGGGAUGUGGCAGCCAGAAAUAUUCUGAUCCAAUGUGACCUUACCGCUAAGCUCUGUGGACUGGGCCUGGCUUAUGAAGUCCACACCCAAGGGGCUAUCACCUCUACUCGCACUGUGCCCCUCAAGUGGCUUGCCCCAGAAAGGCUACUGCUGAGACCAGCCAGCAUCAGAGGAGACAUCUGGUCCUUUGGUAUCCUGCUUUAUGAGAUGGUGACUCUAGGGGCACCACCAUAUCCUGAAGUCCCUCCUAUCAGCAUUCUACAGCAUCUGCAAAGAGGGAAGAUCAUGAAGAGACCCAGUAGCUGCACACAAACCAUGUAUAGUCUUAUGAAAUCCUGUUGGCGCUGGAAAGAGGACAGACGCCCUUCAGUUAGAGAAGUAUGCUCACGCCUAGAAACUGCCUCUCGAACUGCAGAUGACAAAGCUGUGUUGCAGGUACCAGAGUUGGUGGUGCCUGAACUGUAUGCAGCUGUGGCGGGCAUCGGCGUAAAGAGCCUCUCCUACAGCUACAGCGUCCUUUGAAGAUCCUGGGGCAAGAAACAUUUAUGUGUGAUCAUAUACCCUUGGAAUUCCUCUAAGAAGAGAGGACGGACUUUCUAGUGGGACAUAAAGGAAGAAGUGGGACAUGGAGCUGGAUCUCCCCCUAUAUAUUUUCCUAGAUAUGUGAAAUGAUGCUGGGUGAGACUCUCCACACCAGAGUAGAGAAAAACAGUUUCAUUUAUGUUGUCCCAAAUCCUAAAGAGUCAGGGUAGAAGUGGUAGAUAAUGUCACUGCAAAGGAGGUUUUAUAAAUCUGAAAAAAAAUUUUUUUGCAGGGGGGUAUGGCAAAAAUAAGCUGGUACAUCCUACCACUGGCUAGUUUCCUCCUGAAACAUGCUUUUAUCUAGACUAUUAUAAGGUCCAGAGAAAUUAGAAUCAAAUGAGGAAAUAGAAAGCCCCAAAAGGAAUUGAUGAGAAAGAAAAUUAAAGGUCCUACUUGCUCAGGGAUAUAGAUGUGAACCAAGGUCAUCCUUCAAAGAGAAGGUGGAGGGAAGACAUAAAGUUCCACAGUAAUGAUCCCUUCAUGCAGGGCUAGAGGAGAACCACGAAGGAAGAUUUCCGAGUUUCCCCUGGGUACAGGUAAGAGAAAGAUGGCCCCCUUUUAUCUAAUGCUGAGGCAAGUGAACUCUGUUUAUGCUAUUUUUAACCAGAAGAUGGAGAGGUCAUUUUAUGAUUAAGAGCAUUCAAUAUAUAUUGUUGAUCAGGCUUGCUUCCUGGUCCCUAUAAGAUUAAGGAGACUGAGCCUAGAGUCAGUCAGGAACAUGAAUGAUAUACUAUGUGUGUUUAAUAAAUAUGAAAGGUGGAAACCAAGUAAGAAUACUUAGUAGGCCAGGUCUUUAUCAAGGCCUCGCAAAGUAUAUCCAAGACAGAAGGACAAUAGUUUCUGAUUUCAAUUAUCCAUUGAUUCUGUGAAACUUAUUCCAUUAAAUUAAUAUUUGAGUGAAAGUAGGCUCUUCAGAUAUACAACUGCCAGAAUCUCUAUAGGAGGAAGGAUAAAAGUGAAUGAAAGAUAGAAAAAUUAAAUAAUCUACAUUGUCUGAAAAAGGAUGAAAUGGGUAUAAUACUUACCUCACAGGGUUGUUGUGAGGACUGAAGGAGAAUAAGUAUUUAUAUGAUAUCUGGCAUAUAAUGUAUGCUCAAUAAAUGUUAAUUUCCUUUCUUUCCCCUU